CUAACAUUAUAAAAUAAAUAUCUUGUGGUUCUUCAAUCCCCACGUGUUUUUAUUUAUAUUUUAUUGCUAUUUUAGCUAAUUAUGUUUAAUUAUUUUGUUUAAAUUAUACACAAUGAAUGCUAAAAAGAUUUUACAAAAUCCGUCUACCAAAUAUAUUAGAAAUCCGAACUACGGGAAACCUCCGAAGACAACUAAUCCGCACCUGCAAUGUCUAGGAGCGCCUCACAUAGAUUCCUUCAACUUCAUGAUACAAGAUGGUCUGAAAGCGGCCGUAGCUGACUUAAUACCCAUUGAAUUUGAGUUGCCGAGUGGGGAAAAAGUUAAAAUAACCAUAGAAGAGGCAGCUUUUGCUAAACCCAGUGUUCCAGUUGAAGCAGUGGGUGUGAAGAGCCAAAAUGUACUGCCGACGGAGUGCAGGCAGAGAGGCGCUACUUACAAAGGUGAUUUCAAGAUACGGCUAUGUGUGUCUGUGGACGGAAAAUCCCUUGUCAUGGACAGGUCACUCGGAAGUUUACCCAUUAUGUUGAAGUCAAAAGUAUGUCACUUGGCUGACAUGUCACCUGAAGAGCUGGUCAAACACAAUGAGCAUGCUGACGAAUGGGGUGGUUACUUUAUAAUUAAGGGUCACGAGCGAUUGGCUCGCAUGCUGCUGCUUACUCGGCGCAACUUUCCCGUGUCGAUCAAACGCCCCAGCUGGAAGAUGAGGGGCGCCCUCUUCUCGGAGUACGGAAUCAUGGUGCGAUGCGUCAAACCCGACCAGACCAGCACUAACAACGUGUUGCACUUUCUACAAAACGGCACGUGUAAGCUGAUGUUCUCCCACCACAAGAUGAUGUACUACGCACCCCUGAUCAUGAUCAUGAAGUGUUUGGUGGACUGGCAGGACCACUUCAUAUACCGGCUGCUGCUGCACGGCAAGAAGAAUGAUCUGUAUUAUGUCAAUUGCAUCCAGAACAUGUUGCGCGAGCUACACGCGGAGGGCCUGCACACAUCCGCCGAGUGCCGCGCGUACCUCGGGCGGAUGUUCCGCCCGCGGCUGACGGAGCUCCCGCCGUGGGCCACCGACCUGCAGGCGGCGGACUUCCUGCUCAAGCGGUGCGUCUUGUUCCACCUGCAAGAGUACACCGACAAGCUGUACAUGCUGGUGUACAUGACGCACAAGUUGUACGACCUGGUGCAGAACAAGUGUAAGGUGGAAAGUGCUGACGCUGUGAUGGUCCAGGAGUUGCAGGUGGGAGGUCACCUUUACCUCCAGGUGCUGAAGGAACGUCUCCAGAACUUGACAUAUGUCGUCAAAGCCAAUCUGAUCAAACGGGCCAAGACGUCGAAAUUUUCUAUUACUCCGAAAGAAAUGCAGAAUAUAAUCCGCAUGGCGGGCAAUCUGGAGCAGCGCAUGGAGACGUUCCUGGCGACGGGCAACGCGCCCGGCACCGGCGUCGCGCUCUCGCAGUACAAGGGGCUCACCAUCGUCGCCGAGAACAUCAACCGCAGUCGCUACAUGUCACACUUCAAAGCAAUCCAUCGGGGGUCCUUCUUCAUGGAGAUGCGCACGACGGAGGCGCGCCAGCUGCUGCCGGACGCGUGGGGCUUCGUGUGCCCCGUGCACACGCCCGACGGCGCGCCGUGCGGCCUGCUCAACCACCUCACCGCGUCCGCGCAGGUCACCCAGCCGCCCGAUCCAAAGCAACUGGCUAAUCUACCUUUCGCCCUUGUAAAAUGCGAUAUGGAGCCCAUAAGCUCAGUGACCGAGUGCCCGCUAUCCCGCGACGUGUACAAAUACCCCGUCUUCAUCGACGGCCGGCUGGUGGGCUACCUGUCCGAGGAGUCGGCAGCCAAGUCCACCACCUACCUUCGGACGCUGAAGGUCAAGGGGGAGAUACCCAUCACCACCGAGAUCGUCCUCAUACCCAAGAAACAGAUCUGCGCCCAGUACGCGGGCGUGUUUCUGUUCACGUCGGAGGCGCGCAUGGUGCGGCCGGUCAUCCACCUGGCGAGCGGCAUGAUGGAGCUCAUCGGCACCAUGGAGCAGCUGUACCUUGACGUCGCUGUCGCCAACUCUGAAAUCAUCAAAGGUAAAACCACGCAUUUGGAACUAACGAAGUCUGCGUUUAUGAGUAACUUGGCUCAACUGGUGCCCAUGCCGGACUGCAACCAGUCUCCGCGUAACAUGUACCAGUGCCAGAUGGGCAAGCAGACGAUGGGCACGCCGAUCCACACGUGGGCGACCAACGCGGAGACCAAGCUGUACCGGCUGCAGACGGGCGCCACGCCGCUGUUCCGGCCGGUGCAGUACGACAACCUGUGGCUGGACGACUUCCCGGCGGGCACCAACGCCAUAUUGGCUGUUAUCUCUUAUACAGGUUACGACAUGGAGGACGCGAUGAUAAUCAACAAGUCGGCGUACGAGCGCGGUUUCGCCGCGGGCACGGUGUACAAGGCGAGCGUCCUGGAGCUGAAACACGCCAGCUCGUACUUCUGCCGCGACCCCGCGCGCGCCGAGCUGGCGCCGCACGUCGACGACGACGGCCUGCCCGCUGUCGGCGCUCGCGUGCAGCCUGACGAUCCUUUCUAUAGUUACUACGACGGCGAGAAAUGUCAGUUCGUGGUGUCGAAGUACCACGGCAAGGAGGAGGUGUUCGUGGACAGCGUGCGCCUGUGCGGCGACUUCUCGCCCAGGGCGCCGCGCAAGGCGUGCGUCAUGUUGCGCAUACAGCGCAACCCAACAGUGGGCGACAAGUUCGCGUCGCGCGCCGGCCAGAAGGGCAUCUGCUCCCAGAAGUGGCCGGCGGAGGACCUGCCCUUCACGGAGUCCGGCCUCAUCCCCGACAUCCUGUUCAACCCGCACGGCUUCCCCUCGCGCAUGACCAUCGCCAUGAUGAUCGAGCUCAUGGCGGGCAAGGCCGCGUGCUUGCACGGACACGUGCACGACGCGACGCCGUUCCGCUUCAACGAGAAGGACACCGCCAUCAACUACUUCGGGCGGCUGCUGGAGGCGGGCGGCUACAACUACUACGGCACCGAGCGCGUGUACAGCGGCGCGGACGGCCGCGAGAUGACCGCGGACAUCUUCUUCGGCGUGGUGCACUACCAGCGGCUGCGGCACAUGGUGUCCGACAAGUGGCAGGUGCGCACGACGGGCGCGGUGGACGCGCUCACGCGGCAGCCGGUGAAGGGGCGGCGGCGCGGCGGGGGGGUGCGGCUGGGCGAGAUGGAGCGCGACGGCCUGCUCUCGCACGGCGCCGCCUUCCUGCUGCAGGACCGCCUGUUCCACUGCUCCGACAAGACCGAGGCGAUAAUCUGCAUAAAGUGCGGCACCCUCCUCGGUCCGAUAGUGGGCACUCUCGGUACCAGCGGCGAAGGCGACACGUGCAGACUGUGCGGCGCGGGUGACCUGCGCAGUGUGUCCAUACCCUACAUCUUCAAGUUCUUCGUCACCCAGCUCGCGUCCGUCAACAUCAACGUGAAGAUCAACUGCGACGACGCGGUAGUUGGCGCUUGUUGAUUGUGUAGCUUUGACUGAUUAGAUAUGGACCUGACUCGCCAAAGCAUUAGAUCAAUGAUCUAACGCGUUUGUACAAUAUACAUUAUGAUAUAAGUGCUGUGCAUAAUGAGAUACAUUACAAUAUUGAAAUUGGUAAAAUAAGCGAUACUUUACGAGUGUUUGUGUUAUAAAAACUAUUUCUGUAGUGUGCCACUGUCUUUGGUUACAAGCUGUUUUGAAAAGUCUAUUUCGACUUAUUAGCGACCGAUUCGGACGACAACUACUGAGAAAUUAGAAGAAAAAGGCGAAAAGGACUUGGCCGAAUACUGUCCUAAUAUCAUAAUGUUGACAUGUACAUUCAAAUUUUGUUAAUUAUGAAAAUUACGUUUAAGUAAAGUGAUUUUGUAGCAAUAAAUAAAAUAUAUAAUAAAGAA